GUCGUUUGUCGUCAACAGCGGUGGUUGUCGGUGGUGCGAAGUGGCUCCUGGAUUGUUUGCUGACGCUCCUGGUACUAAAUAUUAAUUCAUAGUGAGGCUACAAACGCGGAAAAAUAGUGUUGAUCGGAGACAUUAAAUAUACGCGCGGAAGAUCAAAGGAAAAGGAAAAAAUGCAAAAAAUGGCAAAUGGGCAGGUUGCAUUGAAUGGGAUCGACAAGCAGGCAAGAAAGGGUGUCACCGUUGUUCUGGGGGCUCAAUGGGGUGAUGAGGGUAAAGGAAAGGUCGUUGAUAUGCUGGCCACGAAUAUGGAUAUCGUAACACGAUGCCAGGGAGGCAACAAUGCGGAUCACGCAGUGUGUGUCAAUGGCACAAAAUAUAUUUUCCAUUUACUUCCCAUCGGAAUUAUCAAUGAGAAGUGCGUAUCUGUAAUCGGAAAUGGCGUUGUCAUCCACUUGCCGAGCUUAUUUGAGGAGCUAAAGAUAAUUGAGGCAAAAGGUGUGAAAAAUUGGGAGAAGCGUUUGAUUGUAUCAGAUCGAGCACAUCUUGUCUUUGAUUUCCAUCAGCAAGUUGAUGAGUUGCUGGAGGCCGAGAAGGGCGGAAAAUCUCUUGGGACAACAAAGAAAGGAAUCGGUCCAACGUACUCCAGCAAGGUCACUCGCAAUGGCAUUCGUGUUGGGGAUCUUUUGGGUGAUUUUGAGCUUUUCAGCGAGAAGUUUCAGAGUUGCUGCUCGCUGUAUCAGCGAAUGUUCCCUGAUCUCAAUGUUGAUGUAAAGGAUGAGCUGGUGCAGUAUAAAGAUUUUGCCGAGAAGCUUCGUCCUCUGGUGGGCGAUACUGUCUUCUUCAUGCACAAAGCCAUCAAGGAGGGUAAAAAGGUGCUUGUUGAGGGUGCAAAUGCAGCCAUGUUGGACAUUGAUUUUGGCACGUAUCCCUAUGUGACGAGUAGCAAUUGCAGUAUCGGUGGUGUCCUUACGGGACUUGGGCUUCCACCACAGGUGAUUGGAGGUGUCAUUGGGGUCGUCAAGGCAUACACAACACGCGUAGGUGCUGGUCCAUUUCCUGCUGAGCAGUUAAAUGCAAUUGGUGAGAUUCUACAGAGUCGUGGAGGUGAAAUUGGUGAAACAACAAAGCGGAAAAGGCGCUGUGGAUGGUUGGACUUGGUUCUUUUGCGUUACACAGCAAUUGUGAAUGGGUAUACGGACCUGUACUUAACAAAGCUCGAUAUUCUUGACACAUUCAAGGAGAUUAAGGUCGCAAUUGGGUACAAACUGAAUGAUAAACUUCUUGACCACUUUCCCACAUCCAUCAUAGAUCUUGCAAAUGUAGAGGUAGUGUACGCCACAUUUCCAGGAUGGGAGACAUGCACGGAGAAUGUGCGAGAAUUCAGUCAAUUGCCUAAGAAUGCGCAAGAUUAUGUUCGAUAUAUUGAGAAUGACCUCGAGAUCCCGGUUAAGUGGAUUGGGGUAGGUAAGGGCCGAGAGUCAACAAUAAAUGUUUACUAAGAAAACUGCACGCCUGGUACCUACCUGGCGUCUCCAUUUUCUUCUUGGCAUGAAUUCUCUAAAAGUGAAAAACUCACGUGAUAAACUCCUGAAGGCUUUAGUGCUUUAAAAGAAACGUGAAAACGGAGUUUAUCAUGGAUACAUUAUUUUUCCAUGCUAAAGUGAAGUUUUCCUAACUUUUUCACUGCAAAAGCCUUCGGGAGUUUAUCACGAGAGUUUUUCACUCUUAGAGAAUACAACCCCUGGAAUUUAUUUUAAAAGAUUUUAUCAAAUAAAUCAAUGGCUAAAGCGGCUAAAGCGGUUAAAGCUCUUGUAUCAGAUUCUGUAUCAGCUCAAAAAGAACAAAAUAAAUAUUAAUUCAACUUUUUGCA